GGCUCCCGCGAUCGCGGGUGUCCUUGGCUAUCCUACCACGGCCAACAUCUACCGCCUGAUCUCCGUAGAGUGCCCCGACACCCGCGACAUCAUCAUCAGGUUCUAUCGUGACCGCGACGACAAGUUUAGCCUGUCGGAUUCUACCCAGGUCCCUCCUGCCCUGCGUACCAUCCGCACCUCGCUCGUUGUCCUGGCUGUUAACCAUUCCGCAAAGUACGCCGGCGUCCUUCUUGCACCCUCUCCCCCGGAGCUCUC